UGGUGCCAGAAGUACCAGACGAUCGAUUUGCUGAAGGAGGGUUUCUGGCAGGAUCUCCUGGACGUUUACCAACCUGAUGUUUUUGUCUCUGACUGGUGGGGUGGUCGUGAGGACUGCGGCUGUCGCUACGAACUCUCUGUGGCCCUCCUGGCAGCUGAUAAGAGAACUGAAAUUGCGCUUUUCAAAGCCCAGCCAGAUCCCAUCCCUCAGUGGAAUGACGCCUCAUACCAACAGGUAACCCACACAUUUAGACGAUACGGCCCUGGAGUUCGCUACAUAUGCUUUAGACACAAAGGGAUCGACACACAGUACUGGAAAGGACACUACGGUGCCCGGGUGACAAACUCCUCCGUCGUCGUCCAGUUUGCCCUGGAGUCUCCAUGAUCCCUCGCUUGGCAGCCAGCCUCUCUUCUGCCCAUUCUUCCAAGCACUCCAGCUCAGUUUUGCCUCUGAAAUUGUAUUUCUGAACUGGUGGAUGAUGAGAGGGAAACUCUUCAGGAGGUGUAAGGAAUCCCAAAAACAUUUUUGUAUAUAAUAUUAAAAUAAACAAUCACUCUAUUU